GGCACGAACCCGCGUCCCCUGCAUUGGCAGGUGCAUUCUCAACCACCGCGCCACCAGGGAAGCCCUAACAGACAUUUUUUGUUAUUUGCAGGAAGCAGCAAGGUAGAAAGGGAUUCCCACGGUCUUUGGAGGUAGGCAGAUCUGCUUCGGAUCCUGGCUCCGCCACCUGCCAGCUGUGUGACUUGGCCAAGCUGCUGAGCCUCUCGGAGCCUGGUCUCCUCACUGAUGCUUCUUACUGGAAGUGCCCUGCAGUCCAGGGCCGGGCUGGAGGCCCCUGGGUGAGCCUUUGCCCUUUCUGAAAGACAGACAGGACCACCUCCAGGAACUGCCUUGGUGCUGUGCCCCUCUGGAAGCUGCUGGUGGGGUGAGCAAGCAGGUUGAAAGCACUGAUCAGAGGGACAGGCAGUGACAUCACUGAGAUCACAGAACGGGGAGGUGACUCAGUCCUGGCCCAGGCUGAGGCCCCCUCGCCAAUCCCCCCUGCCCCCCGCAAGCCUGAGGUUAUAAACAAGUGACUCAGAAGAAUGGUGGGAGAAUGCCCCAUAGCGGUUCACACCAGUGUCUCGGGGGCUAAAUUUAACCCACAGCUGCACCCUCUGGCACUUUGGGAACAAGUUAAUCUUGGCGGCUGAGGUUGAUGUGUGUGUGCAUGUGUGGGGGAGGGGGAGGGUGGUCAGAGGUCCACAGCAGGGUGGGCAUCGGGAUCGGCUGUCCCAGACCUCUACCCCGAUUCCCUACAUGCUAGCCAGGGUGCAGGGGCCCCAAGGCUGCGCAGGCUCAGGCCAAGCUUAGUAUGGACCAAGAACCGAGCAUAGACAGAUUUCCUGGAAUAUUAAACUGAGUGUUAUGUUUGGUUUUUGAUCCCUGGGGGUUUAAACACCUAGAAUAGUUGAAUCCUAUGAAAUUAAAUCUUCUGGCACGUCUGACGACUUACAGGGUUAAACUCUGUGCCAGUGUACUCGCAGGGACACAGAACCUCAGGGCUUGGGAAUCUCAGAAGAACUGAGGCCCUUAAAAUUGAACUCGCCCAUCUCUUCACUGUGUAGGAAGGGAAACUGAGGCUCAACAGAGGGAUCUGGCUUUCCCAGGACCCCCAGGAAAGUGGUGACCUUGUUUAUUUAAGUACCUUCUUGCUUCCUUGCACAGUCCAAGGAGGCUCUCAGAGCUGGGGCAAAAAGGGGAAAAGUCUUCCCACUUUAAAGUUGAGGCAACAGGGUCCCCAUGCCCAAGUUCAUUGAGCAGGAAACCCAAGCACACUGCGUCCAGGGGUGGCUGGAGCAAGAUACACUCCAAGGAGGAGGCUAGAGGCACCUGGGUAGAAAGGCGGAGAAGGCAUGAAGGAAGGGAGACCCUGGAAGAGGGACUCAAAGGCUUCCCUCUCCUUGGACUGAGGGGCGGAGCUUGGGUCAUCCCCUCCCCUGAGAGGUAUCACCCAACCAAGGAAAGACGUCAAAGCCUCUCUGUGUUCCGUUUAGAAAUGAGACAGCGAGGCCCUCAUCUUUCAGGGAGGACAGAGACACCCCACCCCUAUCCCAUGAGCCCCUGGGCUGAGUCAAGACUGCUCUGGGAGAGGGCCUCAGCCCAGCUGUCCCCUCUGCGUCAUGUGCAGGAGGCCAGGCAGCUCGCCUUACAGGGCCCAGUCCACCUCUAUAUAUAGUCCGGCUCCGACAGCUGCGUAGACUGUGCGCGACCCAGCAAGAAGGCAGGGAGUGCGGAGAGAAGGCCACCCACCAUGGCGUCGGGCUUGGAGCAGGCGGAGGAGCAGCGGCUGUACCAGCAGACGCUCCUGCAGGACGGGCUCAAGGACAUGCUGGACCACGGCAAGUUCCUCGACUGCGUGGUGCGGGUGGGUGAGCGUGAGUUCCCAUGCCACCGCCUGGUGCUGGCUGCCUGCAGCCCCUACUUCCGGGCACGCUUCCUGGCCGAGCGGGAGCGCGCGGGCGAGCUGCGCCUGGAGGAGGUGUCCCCUGACGUGGUGGCCCAGGUGCUACACUACCUGUACACAUCAGAGAUCGCGCUGGACGAGGCAAGCGUGCAGGACCUGUUCGCCACGGCGCACCGCUUCCAGAUCCCAUCCAUCUUCACCAUCUGCGUGUCCUUCCUCCAGAAGCGCCUGUGCCUCGCCAACUGCCUGGCGGUCUUCCGCCUAGGCCUCCUGCUCGACUGCGCGCGCCUUGCCGUGGCCGCCCGCGACUUCAUCUGCGCGCGCUUCUCGCUGGUGGCCCGCGACGCCGACUUCCUCGGGCUCUCGGCUGACGAGCUCAUCGCCAUCAUCUCCAGCGAUGGCCUCAACGUGGAGAAGGAGGAGGCCGUGUUCGAGGCGGUGAUGAGAUGGGCGAGCAGCGGCGACGCCGAGGGGAAGGCCGAGCGCCAGCGCUCGCUGCCCACCGUCUUCGAGAGCGUGCGCUGCCGCCUGCUGCCGCGCGCCUUCCUAGAGAGCCGCGUGGAGCGCCACCCUCUCGUGCGUGCCCAGCCUGAGCUGCUGCGCAAGGUGCAGAUGGUGAAGGAUGCACACGAGGGCCGCAUCACCGUGCUGCGCAAGAAGAAGCAGAAGGGGAAAGAGGCAGCGGGGGCCAAGGCCACUGACAAGGGCACAGCCGAAGCCAAGGCGGAGGAGGAUGAAGAGGAGGCCGAGCGCGUCCUACCCGGGAUCCUCAAUGACACCCUGCGCUUUGGCAUGUUCCUACAGGACCUCAUCUUCAUGAUCAGUGAGGAGGGCGCCAUGGCCUAUGACCCGGCAGCCAACGAGUGCUACUGUGCCUCCCUCUCCACCCAGAUCCCCAAGAACCACGUCAGUCUAGUGACCAAGGAGAACCAGGUCUUCGUGGCUGGGGGCCUUUUCUACAAUGAGGAUAACAAAGAGGACCCCAUGAGUGCUUACUUCUUGCAGUUUGACCACCUGGACUCAGAGUGGCUGGGGAUGCCGCCGCUGCCCUCGCCGCGCUGCCUCUUCGGCCUGGGAGAGGCUCUUAACUCCAUCUACGUGGUCGGCGGCCGAGAGCUCAAGGACGACGAGCGCAGCCUGGACUCGGUCAUGUGCUACGAUAGGCUGUCGUUCAAAUGGGGCGAAUCGGACCCGCUGCCUUAUGCCGUGUACGGCCACUCUGUGCUCUCGCAUAUGGACCUUGUCUACGUCAUUGGCGGCAAAGGUAGCGACAGGAAGUGCCUGAACAAGAUGUGCGUCUAUGACCCUAAGAAGUUCGAGUGGAGGGAGCUGGCCCCCAUGAAGACUGCCCGCUCACUCUUCGGGGCCACCAUCCAUGACGGCCGCAUUUUUGUGGCUGCUGGGGUCACAGACACAGGGCUGACCAGUUCAGCUGAGGUGUACAACAUCGUGGACGGCAAGUGGGCGCCCUUUGAGGCCUUCCCACAAGAGCGCAGCUCGCUCAGCCUGGUCAGCCUGGCGGGCACGCUCUAUGCCAUCGGCGGCUUUGCCACACUGGAGACUGAGUCCGGGGAGCUGGUUCCCACAGAGCUCAACGACAUCUGGAGGUACAAUGAGGAUGAGAAGAAGUGGGAGGGGGUCCUGCGGGAGAUCGCCUAUGCCGCUGGCGCGACCUUCCUACCUGUACGGCUCAACGUGCUGCGCCUGACCAAGCUGUGACCCGCCCAGAGGACCUGACUGCGCGCCCCCCAUGCUGCAGCCCACACAGGCCCGGCCUUCUGGGAUGGGGGCUCCAGGGAGGAGUCUGGGAGAGGCAAAGCCCACCUGUAUCCCAUCCCGUCACAGUGCCCGAGGGGCCGCUUCAGCGAGGAAAGGGAAUUCGCUGCCUGGAGCUAGCCUUUCGGGCAGGGACGAGAAACUUUUGGCCUCUCCGGUGUCUCCAUAUCCCCCGUGUUCCUGGUCCAGGAGGCAGAACCUCGGCGGGUGGUCAGGCUGCAUCCCGGCCCAGCCCCAGCCUGGCUGUGUGUGCGCGUAAACUCCCCACAGAACUCAGUCUCCUCGCCUGUCAGAUGCGGGGGGCUGGUUCCCCAUCUAGUGCACCUUGCAGCCUGGGUAAGUCUCCUGUAAGAAGAAUAAAGUGCCUUCCGCGCCAGCA